GGGUAUCUGCUUAACCCAAGAUAUUUUCCUACGUUUGGACCUGUCAUCCACAUGAAAACACAAAUAAACGAAUGUUUAAAAAAACUCCGGGCAAAGGGAAGAUUUUUGAAAACUCCGUUUAUGUAGAUGCGUGUAGACCUGGUGUAAACAGAGACAACCGGAGUUUUGCGUUUUCGAACGUCACAUUAUGCUCCAAAACAACAACGAAUCUGCUCUGAUUCUGACGUCUAACGUGCGAUCCAGAACUGCAGAUGAUCCACCAUCUGUCCUCCAAGCUAUUUAUUAAAUAAAUGGUCUCUGCUCUGGACACCGUUACACCGACGCGGAGCCUACGCCGUAGGGUACGCGGCGACGCGCAGCAGGGCUGCAGCCCUGCGUCGAUUAACGCGGCAGCUCCGUGGCGGACACCGGGGGGAACUCCAGCUCGUUGCCCGAGGAGGAGGCGCUGAUCCCGGGGUAACUGCGCCGCGGAGGCGGCCCGGAGUCCGGAAGACCAGAUGAUCUACAGGUCUGUGCUUAUGGAAGUGAAAACGCAGAUCUUCGGUUCUGUGUGGAAGGUUUUUUUUUUUUUUAACAACGAUGUGGGGAGUAUUUGGUUUUAAAAAUACCCGGCUAUUUCGGAUGCUUUUAAAAAAAAAAGAGAAGAUAAUAAGCCUGUUUUCUGUUUAGAAAGUACAAACGUAGACAGAUUACAAGUACUCACCCGUUUUUAAGGAGUUAUUUUCGGAGUUUCUUUCAGGAGCACGGGCGGGUGCUGCAGUGAAUAAAGGCGGAUUUAUGGUUCCGCGUAAAAUCGACGGCGUAGCCUACGGUGUAGGGUACGCGGCGCACGCAGCGUUCGGUGCGUCGCCGCGUAACCUACGCCGUAGGGUCUGCGUUGGUGUAACGCGGACCCAUAAAUCAGCCUUUUAAAAAGCGAGUUUCAGCUGUCAAUCAAAAGAACGUGGGGGGCCUAACGGGUUCUUAGUCAUAUUGGUGUGAAUACACAUUCACAACCUCUUCAGUGUCACAACUAACAUUAAGAUCCAUUAUUUUUCCUAUUGUUGAAUUCACCGCGCUCCCCAGUGUGACGUCACUCCCGGUUCAGCUUUUUCAGAUGCGGAAGUAAAAUACUCUCACAAAAACAACUCCAGAGGUCACUGUAGUAUAUAUUUAUGCGUAUUUCAAUGAAAAUUCAGUUCCUACAUUAUUUUCCUACACAUUGAUUCACAGGGGUCUCCAACCUGCAAUAUGCUCUUUAAGAUUUUGAGUUUUUGCAGUGAUCCAUUUUACUUAUCCUGUGAAGGACAGAGUCAUAUUUUAUUUUUGUGUUUUGAUGUAUUUGAUGUAAGCCCAGUGGAUAUUUAAAGCUUACAGAAGGCUGCAUUUAACUGCUGCUAUGUCAUUCCUGCAGUAUUCCUGCAGGUGUUUUGGUCAGUGCUAUUAUUUGUAAUAUAUUAUAUUGUUUGUAAUCAGUACAAAUUAUCUGUCCCCAUAUGAUAAAAUCCACCAUCUCCUCUGAUUUCUUUUUACAACUCGAGUACUGUGUAUAACUAUAUAACUGUAUAACUUUGUUGUAUAACUUUGUUGUAGGUUAUAAAUAAUCUCAACAAGCAUGCAAAAUAAACACAGACUUUACCUUCAGCUAAGUCAAUUUCAUGGUGCAGCAUUUCAAUUUUUCAGCAAAAGUCGAGUCAUUGAAUAGAGUUUUGAGCACAAGAAAGAGCAUACUUAUUAAAAAAAAUAGCCACAUGUUUUACUUCAGUACAAGUUGUUCACUGUGUAUAUAAAUUGCAGAAACGUGGAUUGUUUAUAAAAUAGGAAGCUCAAAUGUCCUAUUUUCUUAUAGGCCUAUAAAGUAGCAGGGGGGCUUGUCAUGUGACCGUGUUUAAGUUGGUCACAUGCAGCUCAGUGUUUCCGUGUUUGCACAGCGAUGGCUUUUCACACCUUUCAAAUUCGUGGUUUAUUUAUGGGCGAAGUAACCUUGUUGUUUAUCAUAGUGUCUUCCUUUUCUGUUGGAGAGGGGUUGUAUAAGGGGUUUGGAAAGUUUAAGCAAUUACAGGAUGUUGAGCAGAGGGCUGUGUUUGAGGAGCAGUGGUUCAUACAGAAACUGGAUCAUUUCAAUGGUGCAGACAGCAGAGUCUGGAAACAAAGGUACUUUGUAAAUGAGGCUUUCUACAGGCCUGGAGGUCCAGUGUUUCUGAUGAUAGGUGGAGAGGGCCCAGCAAAUCCUGCAUGGUUGCAGAGCGGCACAUGGCUUCAGUAUGCUGAGAAGGUGGGAGCUCUGUGCUUCAUGCUGGAGCAUCGCUUCUAUGGAAGGAGUCACCCAACAACGGACCUGAGCACGGACAGCCUGCACUUUCUCAGCAGCCGGCAGGCGCUGGCCGACCUGGCACACUUCCGCACGGUGACGGGCCGAGACCGAGGGCUGGACGGCAGGAAGUGGGUGGCGUUCGGCGGCUCGUACCCGGGCUCUCUGGCCGCCUGGUUCCGGCUCAAGUACCCCCACCUGGUGCACGCCUCCGUGGCCACCAGCGCACCGGUGCACGCCGCCGUGAACUUUCCAGAGUACUUGGAGGUCGUGUGGCGUUCGCUGGCCUCGGAGAACGCAGAGUGCCCCUUGCUGGUGAAGAAGGCCUCGGAUGCCCUCGUAGAGCGUCUGAAAGACCCCAAGACCUAUGAAAACAUCACCAAAGACUUCAAUUUGUGCUCCCAGCUACAAAUCCAGACGGAGAUGGACUCUGCCUACUUCCUGGAAACGCUGGCUGGCAACUUCAUGGAUGUGGUCCAGUACAACGAAGACAACAGAGGGUUUGAGGGCGUGUUGGGCACCAACAUAACCAUCAAGGUACUGUGCGGCAUGAUGGCUGAUUAUUCCCUGGGGGAUCCUUAUGCGCGAUACGCUGCCGUGGCUCGCCUCAUGAUGGACACCUUCUCCGUGAAAUGCCUGGACAGCAGCUUUAAUCAUUAUGUCAGAGACAUGAGCAACACUUCCUGGAACGGGCCGGCAGCAGGGGGGGGGAGACAGUGGGUCUACCAGACGUGCAGUGAAUUUGGAUUCUACCAGAGCACAGAUUCCCCCAACCAGCCAUUCACUGGCUUCUCUCUCGAUUAUCAGGUGAAACAGUGUGCAGCCUUCUACAACAUCAGUGCUGAGCAGGUGGCAGAAGCGGUCGCCCAGACCAAUGAGUAUUACGGGGGUUACAACAUCCGCUCCAGCAGGAUAGUUUUCCCCAACGGGUCCAUUGACCCCUGGCACGCCCUGGGCAUCACCGAGGACAUCGCUGCUGACCUCCCUGCUGUUUUCAUCAGAGAGUUUCCUUUUUAGACGUUUCACUGACUUGAAGGAAUGGAUGAAGAUUAUCAGAACGGCUCACUGUGCCAACAUGUACCCGGCCAGGAGCGAGGAUCUCCCACAGCUGUCCCUGGCUCGUGACCACAUCUUCUUACUCCUCCAGCAGUGGUUGAAACAAUGACUGAUGGUUCAGUAGGACCGUCAGUGGCUUUGCAAAGAAAACGUACCGCUCCGAUAACUCAAACUGGAAUAAGUGUGCUUAUUUCACUGCCAAAUUUCCAGCUGCUUGAAAAGGAGUAAUGUGUUUUGAAUGGAUGAUUCAAAUGUGAGCUCAAUAAUAA